AUGUUAACUUCCAUUAUGUGAGAGCAGAUGAAACCAAAGCCUUGGCCCACACGGCAAACCUUUGGGUAGCAACGAGUUCUAGAAAAAUGGAGCCUAAGGAGUCCAGAUUGUUUUUCCUUGAAAUACCAAGCAAGUCUAAAAUGAUUACUACCCAUGAGAUAUAUUUUUAAUGAUGUUAGGUUUGGGGGUGUGUUAGAUUGUUUUGCAUUGCUAUAAACGAAUACCUGAGGCUGAGUAAUUUGUAAAGAAAAGAGGUUUAUUUGGCUCACAUUUCUGCCUGGCAGUGGCUAUAAUUGGCUUCUAGUGAGGCUUCAGGAAGCUUUUACUCAUGGUAGAAGGCAAGGGGGGAGCAGGCAUGUCACAUAGCAAGAGGGGGAGCAAGAGAGAGAGAAGGAGGUGCCAGGCUCCUUUAAAUUGUAAACUAACAGCAAGAACUCACUCAUUCCCAUGAGGAAGGGACCAGGCCAUUCAUGAGGGAUCCUCCCUCAUGACCCAAACACCCCCGACUAGGCCCUACCUCCAAUUCUGAGGAUCACAUUCCAACAUAAGAUUCAGAGAGUGAAAACAUUCAAAGUCUACCAGGAAGUGAUUAAAGUGAUAUGACAAUGUGAGGUAUAUGUUACCUGGAAGGUAGCAGGAGCAGAUGGUGAGAAGAAGAAAAGUGUAGCAACUACCCAGUCCUCUGCAUGAAAGAGCCCUCCCUCAAGAGCUUGGAAGCAACACAAAAUGGGGAGUAGACCAGGUCUACUAUCAGCACAGAGAUAAUAGACUCUGAACAGAGAAGACGGAUCCAAGGGGGACAGCCUGGAGGCGGGGGACCCAGCUGGAGGCCAGCACAGUUGCCUGGGUGAGAGGUGAGCCCUCCCUCCUGGAGAGGUGAGCCCUUCAGAGGAAGAGAUGAGAAAAGGAAACCCCUGACUCAUUACCCCAUAGGCCUUGGCUUGCUGUUCCAUUGGCAGCCCUUUCUACCUGUGAUCAAUACGUGCCUCUCUAGCAGCAUACUCACUCUAUCUCUCAUUCUAGAGCACGCGUCCGCCCAGAGUUAAUAAGUUUUAGAAUGUCGGCGUCCUGUCAUUGCAUCAUCCAAAGAUUCAGUGACCAGAGAGGAAGAAACAUAGGGAAGCUUUAUAUUAAUAAAGGUCUUGUGUUGAAUAUUCCUAAGGAACUGUCAAAAGUAAGCAGUUCGUAUGCUUCUUUUCUGGUGACAAUAAUAGACUGGGCCCCAUCCCUUCCCAGAGCUCCCGAUAAGCAACUGGAUCCAGUCUCCACUCCAGAACCUGAAUGGACUUUUUGCUCAAUACAGCUACUGCUGGCCAGUCAGCUUCAUGGGACAUGUGCCAAGAGGUCUUCCAUUCCAUCUUGAGUAAACAAAUUAGAGUCCCAGCAAAAACUCUUCCCAUGAGCCCUUUAACUGACCUAAAUUCAACAUAUGUCAUAACCUAGGAGGAAGCACCAAAAUGGAAAACUACUUUAAUUCACAGAAGCUAAAGGAGCAACUGUAAUGUAAGUGGUUUCUACAAAGUAUAUAUGCAGGAUCAGCAAGCAUGGGAAAUGCACACCAGCCCCUGCAGGGAUUCUGGGCUACGAGUGCAUGAAGGCAGAGUCGAGACUGUGGAUUCUGGAAGAAAAAUCCCCUUGAGAGAGCAUCUGAUUCAAAAUUCAUCCAUAUAUGACUUAAAAGCCACCUAGGUUGUCAUAUCAUCUGUAAUGAUUAUUCACUAGAGCCAACAGUGUUUAUAUUUUGAAGAUCAGAACAAGAUUCCCAACAAAACAGUAAGGGAGCAUUUCAGGGAGCAGUGGGAAUAUGUGUGGGAUGAAGCCAAAUUAUAAAGUCAUUAUUAGGGUGGGUAUGGUGGCUCACACCUGUAAUCCCAACACUUUGGAAGGCCAAGGCAGGAAGAGCGCAUGAGCCCAGGAGUUCAAGUUCAGCCAGAGCAACCCUCAGGCUGAGGCAGGAGGGUCACUUGACCCAGGGAGGUCGAUGCUGCAGUGAGCUUCGGUAGCACCACUGCACUUCAGCCUGGACAACAGAGUGAGACCCUGUCUCAAAAAAAAAAAAAAAAA